AUGGACGACGUCGUGCAGAUUGCAACCAAGGUGGAAGAGUUGCACCAGGACGCCGCAACAAUGAAGACCUCUAUGGGGGCAAUUCGGGGCUUUUUCCGGAUGGCUGGCGAGAACAUGCCAAUACUCAAGCAGAUACUUCAGUUUGCCCCAAGCGACACAUACGGUACAGUUAUUUUCGCCAGUCUGGCAAUGAUUCUGACGGGCAUCGAUCGAGCACGAGGUCUUCGUGAAGAAAUUGCAGAAGCAAUUGCGGACAUUCCAAGGAAGCUCGAGAGCGCGAAGCAAUACUUGAAAGUGCACCCCAAUUCUCAAAGGAUGCACACCCUCGCAGAUUCAGUGUUCCUUGCUGUCUUUUCUCUUUUACACGAAAUUGUCAAAGAGCUUAACAAAAAGAACUUGGCUAAAAAGGCGUUGAAAAUGUUCUUUAAAGGGAACGACUACGGCCAGGAAGUGACCGACGCCAUUGCAACUUUGGACACGAAAAUCGCGGCAUUCAAAGAAGGGGUAGACAUCUGCUCCGCCGAGAGACUCAGCCAAGUCCAUCAAAUUACAACUGCAACCCACCUUGACACAAAACGAGAACUGCAUUCGGAUAACGAGGAAUUAAAACAGAUGGUCCGAGACAUGCCUCGUAACCCUCCAUCUCUCGCGGCACCAUCACCAGAGCCCGGCAUGCGGAGCCUCAACAGCACCAGGUCCGAGUCUGAGAUAUCCGAACUUGUUCAAGAAAUGUUCGAAGGAAUGGAUCUCAAAGCGCCUUCACGCGACAUCAAAAAGAGUCUUUCCAACUUUGCGAAGCUUUCAGAGAAGGAAAAGGAUAAGGUCAGGCACAUCGUGCUAUCUGAUCAAGUUAGGACUCUGCGACUUGAGGAAUUAACAAAAGUUCUUUUUAUCCGCCAGCGUGACCCUACGCGCAGUAUCUACAACCCGAUCACCUUUGCAGCCUCACUCAUGGCCAAUGGUAUGAAAGCUCAUCAUACCAAGCCGAUUGUACUGUCCUUCCUCGGCAAGCUUCAGUCUCUGGCCUGGUCCUCUGACAAGGAAAGGGAAGUGUCAGGCCCGCAGAAGAUGUUGAACUCCAUCAACGCGCAACUGGUAAGGCAAGUGCUGCAAAGGAAUGGAGACAGAAAGAUCCCUUUGCUGGAAGACAAAACGGAGCGCCUUCGGUGCCAAAAGAAAGUGUACAAGGGAAUGCAACUCUUUAGAGAGAUUCUCAGCACACUCUCAUAUGAGGAGGACGUCAUCAUUAUCAUUGAGUUGCCACCAUCCUUUGUGGAAUGCAAGGAUGAGCUAGAAUCGAUACUGAAGGGGGUCGCCCGAUCAAUCUCGAAGACGAGAGCUGUCGUCAAGUUCAUUAUGUUGAACGCGCACCAGUCCAUCAAGUCUAACUUCACGGAGCUUGACUGCAUGGAACUGUUUGUGAAGGCAGAACUCGGGGGCUUUCGAAGUGCCGUGGGCCUUUCGAAACUUGAACAACAGUUCUCUGAGCUUGACGUUGAUGAUGAAGGACCCCACCAUUCAAGGCUCCAGGAGCAGAGCAACGAUGAAGACUCCGACUCCUCGGGCAAUUACAGCUUGGCCUCUAAUCCCUUGAUCCAUGAUUCGGAAUUCGACACAGACUCGGAUGACUCCGGCUCGGAUAACAAUGAUUCAGAUGCUGACUCUGGCGGCGAGGACUCAAAGAGAAUCUGA